AUGAAGCGAAAGGAAUCAUCGGUGGUCCAGGCCAGCGCUGCAAAACGUCCACGAGCACGGCUGGAGGUUCCUGAGUAUCAUCUGACCCCCUCUAUUCUGGAUGAAGUGACCGGCGCUGCAAUAUGGCCUGCUCCAGAAUCUCAGAUGAAGCAAGCUAGAGACAUCAUCCUUGAAUGUGCUCGUUCGCAUAGGCGAACAAUGAUAGUGCCAGACAAGGAUGCAGACGGACUUUCGUCUGGUGUAAUCCUGCACCGUACAUUGGUUCUCCUCGGGCUGGACCCAGAGCUGAUCAAUGUCCAUCUACUAAGCAAAGGUCAGACCGUGCACCAUGAGCAUGAACGACAGGCCAUGGCUGCCAAAUCUCCAGAAUACAUAUUCGUCCUUGACCAAGGGUCUCGCAAGUCCGGGCCUCUAAUAGACUCUCCCCAUACUGGCCUGGUCAUUGACCACCACAACGCUACACCUGAGGACUUCCCCAAAGGUGCAGCAUUCUGCACUGCGAACAAGUCACCGCCAGUCGUAACGUCUGCUCUCUUGACAUAUCUACUUUGCGAACCACUUCACGAUGGUGUCAGUACUGAAACGGACUGGCUGUGUGUGGUGGGAACACAUGGCGAUCUUGGUAACACCUUGAAGUGGGAGAAGCCAUUUCCAGACAUGUCUGCCACCCUCAAGAAAUACACCAAGAAGGCACUGAACGAUGUGGUUUCGUACAUAAACGCGCCUCGAAGGACCGCAACCUACGACGUCAGCUCUGCGUUUGAUGCACUACUCUCGGCUGUCCACCCCAAGGACGUAUUGAAACACUCGAGGUUACUUGCAGCACGACAAGAGGUCAAUGCCGAAGUUGAGCGAUGCACACAUACAGCGCCAAAGUUCAGCCAAGACGGCAAGGUCGCUGUGUUCAAAAUCAAGUCCGAAGCGCAGGUACAUCCAGUCAUCGCAACCAGAUGGGCCGGUCAUCUUCAGAGCAAGGCUCUCGAGAUCGUCAUGGUCGCCAACGAAGGGUAUCUCCCAGGCAAAGUAAACUUCAGCUGUCGAGUACCUAGAUGUGCUAGGGGCAACGAUCCGCCAGUUGAUAUCAUCCAGAGCUUGCGAGACUAUGCCAGUUUAAAGCUGGUAAAGGAAGAAGACAUUGAUGACAAGAAUGCUUCAAAUAGCGAGCCAGAUGUUCCCUUACUCGAGCGUCUAGGAGACGACUUUGCUCGUGGACAUGUACAAGCCAGUGGCGGCAUCGUCAACGUCGAGCAAUUUGAAGAGCUGAUGCGGUUGAUGCGAGUCGGCGAGAAGAAAGAGAAGAAAGAGAAGAAAGAGGGAGUUUCACCUCAGAAGGGAAAGAAACCAAUUGACGCAGGACAGAGCAACAAACUAACGAGUUACUUUGGCAAGAGGGACUGA